AUGGAUCUAUCAAAUAUCGACUUAUCAAAAUUUGAUGGUUUAGCAUUUAUUUGGCUUGAUAUUGAAACGAUUACUGGUACAGGAGUGUAUGACACUCUAAGUUCGCCAGACACGUGGUUUGUUCAUAAAAACCCAGAUGUAUGUGAAGACUUCAUAUGUAGUGAUUUAAAAAAUAAACAAAUAUUUCUGAUAACAUCUGGUAGUUUGGGCCAUAAAAUUAUAAAAUCGAUUCAUCAUCUUCCACAAUUACAUUCGGUUUAUAUCUAUUGUCAAGAUAUCGCACGUCAUACACCAUUGGCUUCUGAGUUUAAGAAAAUACGAUCAGUCUGUAACAAAACACAAUCUCUAAUAUCACAAUUAGCAAUUGAUGUAGCACACAUCUGUGUGAACAUCGGUGAUCAACAUUCAAGACUAAAUAAACAUAAACAGGCAUUAGUAUGGUACGAAAGAGCAUUUGAAAAGAUAAAACAACACAAUGGUUUAACCAAGAAUGAAUUUGUUAAUGCAUUAAAAUCUAAAAUAAAUAUCAGUACAUUAGAAUGUCAGCGUUUUCAACAACAUCGACAACAAUUGGGAGAAGGAAUGAAUGAAGUUAAAUAUCAACAUGAGUUGCUACGACAACUGCUUGAUGUACCAACACCACUAUCGUCAACAGAAAAGGAUGAUAAACACAUAGCUGCUACCAUUAAAAAAAUCGACGAAUGGGAACGAAAAAAUAUACAGCAAAUAAAAACAGUAGCUGAGCGUGUUCGACAACAACUACAGAAACAAAUAAAUGAAAUAAACAAAGUAAACAAAGUUAAACAUGAUUUUCGUUUAAUAAACGAUGAAUUAAGACAGAGGCAAUCGGAAGAUGAUUAUGUUGAAGCAGAUUUGCAACAAUGGCUGGAAAGAUUACAACAACUGAAACAUCAACUUGAAACAACAACCAUCUCUGAUACCAGUCAAAUAGAUGUUCAGAUAACUGAUGACAUUGACUGGUCAUCAAUGGUUAAAUUAGUCGAAUCGGACGUGUCAAAAACAUGGGUGAGGACCAGGGAGAUAUCGAUGGUCGAAUCACUUUGUCUUGUAAUAGUUGGCUGAUGAUCUCUUGAGUGUCCUUUCGCUGUUGGAUGGUCUUUGGCAUGGGUCUGGAGUUGAC